UUCCGUAGAGAGCGAAGUCACGUGCCACAGCACAACAAUAACAAGGAAGAGGAUUUUUUAAAGCUUCCAGUCAUUCUUUAGCUUUACACGCUAAUACAAUGAUAUUAUUAACCGUUAGUGUGUUUGUUUGUUGUUGCUAUUAUUCACAUGGAGUUUCAGGCGAAGACAAACCUAUUCAGACAUUUGUAAUUCCUCACAGUCAUAUGGAUGUGGGAUGGGUGUACACUGUUCAGGAGAGUAUGCACGCCUAUGCAGCCAAUGUGUACAGCAGUGUGACUGAGGAGCUGUCGAAGGCUAAAGACCGCAGGUUCAUCUCGGUGGAGCAGGAGUUUUUUCGACUGUGGUGGGACACUGUCGCCACAAACUCUCACAAGAGACAAGUGCGACAACUUGUGAAGGAAGGUCGACUUGAGUUUAUCAUCGGGGGGCAGGUGAUGCACGACGAGGCUGUAACUGAUCUGGAGGAUGAGAUACUGCAAAUGACAGAGGGACAUGGUUUCCUCUACGAGACGUUUGGGGUACGGCCUCAGUUCUCCUGGCAUGUGGAUCCUUUCGGAGCCUCUGCCACUACUCCAGUCCUGUUUGCCCUCGCAGGAUUCAACGCCCACCUCAUCUCACGCAUAGACUAUGACCUGAAAGACACUAUGCAGAAGAAACAGAGUCUACAGUUUGUAUGGAAAGGCUCCCCCUCUCUAAAAGAGAAGCAGCAAAUCUUCACCCACAUCAUGGACCAAUUUAGUUAUUGCACUCCAUCAUACCUGCCAUUCUCAAACAGCUCUGGUUUCUACUGGAACGGCAUUGCCUUGUUCCCAAACCCUCCAAAAGAUGGAGUCUACCCCAACAUGAGUCUACCUGUCACUAAGGAGACAGUACACGCCUACGCCCAGACCAUGGUGGACAACAUUAAGAAGAGGGCAGCCUGGUUUAGGACCAAUCAUGUGCUCUGGCCAUGGGGCUGUGACAAACAGUUCUACAACUCCUCUGUACAAUUCAACAACAUGGACCCUUUAAUGAAGUACAUCAACCAGAACAGCAACGAGUUUGGGGUGACAGUUCAAUAUUCCACUCUCAGUGAAUACUUCCAAACCAUCUACCAAUCAGAUCUUGUGUGGGAGGUGAGGGGGAGUGAAGAUUUCCUGCCAUAUUCCACUGAACCGUACCAGGCAUGGACGGGAUUUUACGCCUCCAGAAAUGUUUUGAAAGGAGUGGCACGACAAGCGAGUUCGCUGCUGCACGCAGCCGAGACGCUCUUCACCCGGUAUAGAAUCAGCUUCCCUGACGGACCUGUAGCUCCAGACUGGGCCCUGACCAAACUGAGAGCACUUCGCUGGGCUGUCUCCGAGGUGCAGCACCAUGACGGUAUCACCGGCACCGAGUCUCCCAAAGUAGCAGAUAUGUACCUGCAGCAUCUCACGCAGGCCAUGAUGGGAGUGGAGGAACUUUUUGCUGCUCUGAUUCUGCUGCCUCACAACAUCGUCGUCCCUAGCCUCCUCACGAGCCACUACCACAGGAAAGGUGUUCAUCACACUCUGGAGCAGCAUGUCAUCGUGUACAACCCUUUAGCGUGGAACAUCACCACCAUCAUCAACGUCACAGUCACCUUUAUGAACGCAGCCGUCUUUGAUGAAGAUGGGCGGCCCGUGUCUGCACAGAUCCAGAGAUCAGCGCAGUCCAAUGUGACUUAUGACCUUUUAGUCGUGGUGGAGCUGGGAGGCCUUCAGCAGAGGAAAUACCUGAUUAAGCUCUCAGACAAGUCUUGCUCUGGGAGGUCCAGAUGCGGCCGGACGUACAGCGCUAAAGGUGUCCUGUUUGACAGAGUCCGUGUCCAGGACUGGGCCAAAACAGGGAGGAGGCUUCUCCCGGUUCUGAGUGAAUGUUACAAGCUCAUGUUUGACCAGGAUACAAAUCUACUGCACAGCAUCACCUAUCUUGAGGAGAAAAGGAGAGUGAGGGUGACUCAGGAUUUCUGGGAGUAUCACGCUAAUGGAGACGUAAAAGUGGGGCCCAUCUCUGAUAAUUACAUCUUCAGCACUAACGGAUCUGCUGUACGGGCCUACCAGGCUGUGGAAAUGGAGAUUGUCCCAGGAAAGAUUGUAUCUGAGAUCAGACAGUACUUCUACAGAGAUGAAAGCGAUAAGGACUACGCUUACUCGAUCACCACCCGAGUGCCAGAAUGUUUCGGGACCAGACCUCGCUGUCACAGACUGGAGCAGACUUAUUCGCUGGGGCCCCUUCCUCUCAACACCGAGGUCGUCCUCAGGACCACUACUGCUCUGAACAACAACAGAACCCUGUUCACAGAUGACAAUGGCUACCAGAUGAUGAAGAGGCCAUACAGGAAGUUCAUUAAUAACACUUUAGCCAGAAACUACUUCCCCAUGGUUCGGAUGGCGUACAUUGAGGACGACCUCAGCAGACUGGUGCUGGUCAGCGACAGAGCACAUGGCGUGUCCAGCCAGGCCAGUGGACAACUAGAGGUCAUGCUGCAUCGGCGACUUUGGAACAACUUGCCCUGGAACCUCGGCUACAACCUGACCCUCAACGACAGCUCAGUGGUCAGGCCCACACUGUGGAUGAUGCUGGGCUCCGGUAAUACCACUUCCAAGCUCUACCAGAGGGAGGCGGUAGAGCUGCAGCACAGACCUGUCGUCAUGCCCAUAGACCAACCCCAGAAGCCCUGGCAGGACAAAGAGUCCAGAGGAGGUUUUCCUGUGCAGUCGGUGGUUCUGCCACCGAACCUCCACCUGCUCAGCCUCAGCGUCCCCGGUUGGAACUACAGCUCCAGUCAUGACAUUCACCUCGGUCACGUACACUCAGGUGAAGAUCUGCACUCAGAACCAGACUUUGAUCGGGUUCUGCUAAGAAUCAUGCAUCUGUUUGAGGAGGGAGGAGAUCCUGAGCUUUCAACGCCAGUCACCAUAAACUUAAAGGAAGUUCUGCAGGCCAUAGGUGAAGUCAAAGUGGUGGAGGAGCGUUCUCUCACAGGAACCUGGGAUGUCGCCAGUCUGCAGAGGUGGAAGUGGAAGACUGUCGAUAACCCAGAAACAACAAAGAAUAAAGAGUUUUGGAGUCGCGGAGAAGAAGCUUUCACUGUCACCAUUUCACCCAAAGAGAUCAGGACCUUCUUCAUUCACUUCAACACAGACAAAGACUUUUAGGCUGCACCGUCUUCUGUGAAGAUCUUCACACUUUUGUGCUUUUUAAAGAUUUGAUUCUUUGCUGCACUGUUACUUGCUGCUAUUUUUUGCACAUGAUUAGUAAGGGGGCACCGAUGAGAUGUGAACACGCCCAUUUUGAGUCACAGCUGAUGAAUAAAGUGAUUAUUUUUGUCUUA